CAAGCCACUCCCUUUUCUCACCAACAAGUCAACACCAGAGUCAACCUCUGAGUCAACACUGCCAAUACUAUAGAUCUAUACUACUGGUUAAUGCCGGAGAAACAUUAGUAUACUAAGCUGUAGUACAGUCUAGUCAUGAGAAGUAUUAAUAGUAAGAUAUUCUUAACAUUUGUUGCAAUUAAUACAUGUGUAAGUUUUGUUCUGAUCUUUCAGUACACAAGUUUUGCUAACAACAGGGGUACACUGAUGAAGAAGUUUUCCUCUUUUGAACUAUUACACCCUCCUAGUAGAACUAUUUCUAAAGAAUCCGAAAAACACUCAGCACCAGUUUUUACUAGCCCAAUUGUGACUGACUUAAUCUCUACAGCUUCCGAGUCUCAGUCAAGCAGUGUGCACGUUUCUCAAUCUGCCAUCCUUAAAGAAGACAGUUCUCCUCACCACAAUUUGACAAAUCAAGACACGGAUCUGGAAUAUCAUAAACUCCCCAAUAUUGAAUCAUCUAGACUGAUCACAACUCGAUGGACCUCACUCAUUGGCAGUGGAAAACAUGAACACCAUUUUUUCUCUGCUUAUUUCGAUGGAAGAUCAUUUACACAACUGCCAAGACCAGCUGUGAAUGUGAUGGGAUAUGUGAACAAAAAUUCAUUGGAACAGACAUUUUAUUGCUUGUUUAGGUACUCGAAUGCUUCCAGCACAUGUUCCACCAAGCCAGCCGUUCAUAGACAUGUACCUGAAUGUUGGCAUGUGGGUCAUGAGGCAACACCCUUUCAAUACUUGUGUGAGGUGGAAAGUGGAAUACCUGUAACAGUGCGAUUGAGUACCUCACAGAAUUGCCAGUUGGAGAUGAGCUCAGCUGAAAUCCAAGUUGGGAACAGAGACGUUGAAAUGAGGGAGAGAGCUCCUCCUAAAAAGUUUGGAAUAUGUAUUGGAGGCCCGUUGAUUCAAGAAGACAAACACUUUUUGGAGGAUGUUAUUGAAUUUGUUGAAAUGAGUAAAGUGAUGGGAGCUGAACAAAUAGUGUUUUAUGUGAAUGAGACUCAAGUGGAUAAAGAAGUGUUAGAAUAUCUGUGGAAAUAUUAUCCAGAAACUGUUAAGACAAUUGGUUGGAGAAAGUUUAAGAAAUCGGAACCAUUACACUAUUACGGACAACAUAUAAUACAGAGCGAUUGUUUCUACAGGUUUAUGUAUGAAGUGGAGUACAUAGCUAUGAUCGAUUUGGACGAGAUGAUUCUACCAAUACAGCAAAACAGUUGGACAGACAUGAUUGACGCUUUCAAGAUCCCAAAAAGUGUAUCUGAAUUCAAGUUUCAAAAUAAUUUCUUCUUGCCUUCCGAAAACACACGGAAAUUACAAAACUGCUCGAACAAACCUGUACCAAAAUACUUCACAAGAACACAACGAAUCACAUGCUUCCCGGGUUAUAGUUACAGAACAAAGCUCAUGUCUCGACCAAGAUUCAUCCUUGAGCCUUGUGUGCAUAGGAACUGUGCGAAGGUAGCUGGUCACGACAAGACCUAUAAUGUUCCUCUAGAACAGGGUAUGCUAGCCCACUAUAGACCAACUAUCCUAGAAGAUUGUCAACAUAAACCAAAGCAUUCUGAUGAACGAGCCAAAAGAUUUGAAAGUCAAGUAGUUAAAGCAAUUUGUACAUAAUAACUGUGUAAACCUGUGUAACAUUAGAUGGAUUGUCAAUUAUAUCAAAAUCAAUAGUUCUCAUAGUGCUGUUGCUAUGAAGU